CUACAGGAUCCAGUGCCCAGCUCUGCAGUGUGCCAGCCCCAUCACGGACCCCCAGCAGUGCUGCCCGAGGUGUCUUGAGCCACAUUCCCCUUCUGGCCUCCGGGCACCCGUCAAGUCCUGCCAGUACAAUGGGACGACCUACCAGCAAGGCGAGAUGUUCACCACCAACGAGCUCUUUCCCAGCCGCCAGCCGAACCAGUGUGUGCAGUGCAGCUGCUCCGAAGGCCAGAUUUACUGUGGCUUGAUGACCUGCCCAGAGCUGUUGUGCUCCUCUCCCCUAACUGUGCCAGAUUCCUGCUGCCAGGUCUGCAAAGAUGGCUCAUUUGAGAAGUCCACGGAGGAGGAACCCCUGCAGUUAAACAGAGGUGUUAGGCACUCGCAAGACCAGUGUUUGGGAGAAGCAAUGGGCAGGAAGCCACCUGGAGCCACCAUGUCCACUGUUCUCAGUUCUUCCCUGGAGUUCAUUCCCAGGAGCUUCAAGCCCAAAGGAGGAGGUGGCACCACUGUGAAGAUCGUCUUGAAAGAGAAGCACAAGAAAGCUUGUGUUUACAAUGGAAAGACCUACUCCCACGGGGAAGUGUGGCACCCUGUCUUCCGGCUCUACGGCCUCCUGCCCUGCAUACUCUGCACUUGCAGGGAUGGUGUCCAGGACUGCCAGAAGAUCACAUGCCCCAAAGAGUAUCCAUGUGACUAUCCAGAGAAAGUAGAUGGAAAAUGCUGUAAAAUAUGUCCAGAAACCAGAGUCAAACCCACUGAUGAAAUAGUCACCACCCGGUGUGGCAAGAACCCCAACCGCGUCCUGGUGUACAUGUUUGUGCCACCGAGCUCGGAGACCUCCAAGGAGAUCCUCAGGACGAUCGCGAUCGAGAAGGAGCCAGCGGAAGAGGUGGAAAUCUACAACUGGAAGCUGAUUAAAGGAAUAUUUCAUCUGAUACAGACCAAAAAGAUCAGCAAACAAGAAUUCAAGCAAGAAGCACAGAACUUCAGGCUGAUCACCAGGACGAAUGAAGGUCACUGGAACAUCUUCCGAGCCCAGACGUCAGACCUGAGGAUGACAGAGAGCCCAGAGAAAGAAACAAAGAACUUGUAAAGAAAAAAAACACCCUAACGUAGCUAUUGAUUUAUCUACACACACACACACACAUACACACACAUACACGUAUAUAUGAAAAAAAAAAAAAAAGAAAGUUGCAUUAUUAAAAUAGACUGGCACAGCAAUAAAGGGUACACUAGUGUAAAUUACAGAAACUCCAGCAAACGAACCAAACCAAAACCACGUUGAAGCCAUGGCCGUGGAGGUGCCUCUCUCCGGUGGGAGAGCGGGACGAGAGGCCGCCCGUCGUCUCCUGCCACCGAAGGAGGAAGGAAGGUCUUCUCCUGCUACGAGGGGAGGAAAGAGAGCCAGCAGAGAUGUGAGACCUGGUGCCACGUGAAGAUUGGGGAUACACGUUCCUGACACCCCGGCGUUUCUGAGGAGCAUCAGGAGCAGAACGUGACCACGCUUCUUACCAAUCGCCGGCGCAAAGGUGACCUGCAAGGAGAGAAAAAAUCAUCCUAAUUUCUUCUCUUG